AUGGCUGCAAACAACGCUGUUGCUGAAGAAAUGGACCGACGUCUGAGGGCUAUUGAAGAUCUUGCAUUAGCACUUGGACAACAAAACGCCCAUCAGGCUAAUGCCGAGAAUACCAUUUUUAAGAGAGUGGCAUCUCAUCAUCCACCCACUUACAAAGGGACUAUCGAUCCAGUUGCUCUUGAAAAUUGGAUUCGCGACAUGGAAAAGCUGUAUGAAGUGACAAAUUGUCCCGAGAACAUGAAGAUUAGCAUUGGCUCAUUUUAUCUGAAAGAGGAGGCGGAUAGUUGGUGGUCCACGGUGAAGACGGGCUACAUAGCUGAAGAAGGAUUUAACUGGGAGAUUUUCAAGGAACGAGUCCGCAAUAGAUUCUACCCCGACGCAAUUAAGUGGCAGAAACAGGAAGAGUUUGCAAGGUUCAGGAUGGCAGGAAAGAUGACAGUGCAGGAGUACACUGACAAGUUCAUUGAGCUCUCGCGUUUUGCUUCAAAUCUUAUUCCUACGGAGAGGGACAGGGCACGUAAGUAUGAAAAAGGGCUGACAUUCAAAAUUCAGAAGUCCUUGGGAGGUAUACCAUCACAGACCUUCCAGGAAGCUUAUGAAUGA